AUGACAGAGGAAGAACCGCCCCGAAAGGUUCGAAAAGUCCAAGAGUCUUUAAGAAUCAAGUUAGUUUUCACUUUCCUCGUUCAAAUCACUCAAAAACAGCUAAAAACCUAUCAAUUUCAGGGUAAUUCCGAUUUUGGGCCGGCAGUUCACAUGCGAAGCAGUUCCAUCGACGCCAUUCGAAGCGCUGAAGCUGGAAAAUAAAAGAGUUAUCGGCCAGGUACAAUUUUACAGUGUGAAAUUACGAGAUCACUUGAAUUUCAGAUUAUUUGCCGUUUGAAAGAGCUGCCAGAAGAACUGCAGCACUUGAAGAGAGUCGAAAAAGACGGAAGCGUGCUGAUUUCGAAAAGCCGAAAGCUCGCAGAGCAGCUCGUCGCUGAUUUGGCUCAUCCGGACGUUCGUUUAGAAGAUUUAAGGGUGACCAGUCAUGCCUUUCCUUCAUUUCAACUUCAUUUCAUUUCCAGACAGUCCAAGUUCCGGCGAUAAAACCGUUGACUCGCCGUCAAUUCGAAUUCGCCAAAAACCUGUGGGCGACCGGAUUUCAUCCGGAUCACGAAAUCGAACGUCUUUUGGACGGCUCAUUUCUGACGUCUUCAUUUCGAGAAUACGUCUUCCGAUGGAUUCAGAAGGCGUUGGAGAUGAAGGACGGAUGUGUGGCUGUGCAGGUGCGAAUUGAAGAGCCGUGUCAGUAGAACUUCAUAAUUAUUUAGUUUCAGAACGACGUGCAGCUCUCCUCCGGCCGGCCUUCCGCCCAUCCACUCGGCCAUCCGACCAUGGAAAUGAUCGGGAGUCUUCCGAAGCGAACAGACCAUUCGACCGACUAUCUGGGCACCGGCGCCGACGUUUUUCUGGCCACAGAACCGUGUGCGAUGUGUGCGAUGGCACUUGUCCACUUCCGAGCUAAACGCAUUUUCUUCGCGAGACCCACUGAGAACGGAGUCCUUUCAGAAGGUCAUUGCAUUUCUGAAACGCUGUUAAACUCUGAAUGCUUUUCAGGCGGAUGGCAGCUCCAUUUAGACGCCUCCAUCAAUCAUCACUACGACGUGUUCCGAGUAGAAAUCCCGGAAGAAAUAAAUAACUUUUCCAAUUUUUCUGUAUUUUGCAAAAACUCUGACUGA